AUGCUGGCCAUUCGAGCUCUCCGAACUCCCGCCUCCAGGCAAGCCCUGCGCGCUGCUACUCCCCGCGCCGCUAUCUUCUACAACCGAUGCUACUCGACCUCUGGCGAACGAGUCGCCAAGUACAACGGUACCAAGGAUGCCAAUGGCAACUUCCUGGUCAGCUUGAUCGAGGGUGACGGUAUUGGCCCCGAGAUCUCUCAGUCCGUCAAGGACAUCUUCGCCGCCGCAAAGACCCCCAUUGCUUGGGAGCCUGUCGACGUUACCCCCAUUAUCAAGGACGGCAAGACUGCCAUCCCCGAUGCUGCCAUUGAGAACAUUCAAAAGAACAAGAUCGCCCUCAAGGGUCCCCUCGCUACCCCCGUUGGCAAGGGACAUGUCUCUCUGAACCUUACUCUCCGACGAACGUUCAACCUCUUCGCUAAUUUGCGACCCUGCCGAUCCGUCGCUGGCUACGAGACCCCUUAUGAUAAUGUCGACACCGUCUUGAUCCGAGAGAACACUGAGGGUGAAUACUCUGGCAUUGAGCAUGUUGUCGUCGAUGGCGUCGUUCAGAGCAUCAAGCUUAUCACCCGUGAGGCUUCCGAGCGUGUCCUGCGAUUCGCCUUCCAGCACGCCGAGUCCAUUGGCCGCAAGAAGGUCCGCGUUGUCCACAAGGCUACCAUCAUGAAGCUCUCAGAUGGUCUCUUCCUUAAGGUUGCCCAGGAGGUUGCCAAGGACUUCCCCGGUAUUGAAUUCGACGCUGAGCUCCUCGACAACAGCUGCCUCAAGAUGGUCACUGACCCCACUCCUUACAACGACAAGGUCCUUGUCAUGCCUAACCUCUACGGCGACAUUCUGUCCGACAUGUGUGCCGGUCUCAUCGGCGGCCUCGGUCUUACCCCCUCCGGUAACAUUGGUGACGAGUGUUCCAUCUUCGAGGCUGUCCACGGUUCCGCUCCCGAUAUUGCUGGCAAGAACCUUGCCAACCCUACUGCCCUCCUCCUCAGUUCCAUCAUGAUGCUGCGACACAUGGGUCUCACAGAGCACGCUUCCCGCAUUGAAACCGCUAUCUUCGAUACUCUUGCCGAAGGCAAGGCUCUCACUGGUGAUCUUGGCGGCAAGGCCAAGACCAACGAAUACGCCGCUGCCAUCAUCUCAAGGCUGUAA